UAAAUAAUUAUGAGAGCCAGAUGCGCCAAAUUUGGACUGACCUGUAUAUAAGAUGGGUAUAGCUCACUCAUCGAGAAACUCAAAAUGAAGAUCUUCGACGCACGGGACGAGUAUACGAAGAGUAAGGAGUUAAGGGUAGAGGAUGUGAGGGCUUUACAGGAGUGGGUUGAAAAGCAACCCCACAUGCCACCAAUUUCAGAGUGCCUACUGAUCGCUUUCUUGCAAAGUUGCUAUUGGAGCAUGGAGCAGGCCAAAGCGGGGAUUGAGACGUUCCUGACGUGGCGAGGCGCCUGGCCCGAUAUCUUUGCGGACCUGGAUCCUCAUCUUCCCAAUUUAAAAUCCGCGAUUGAUCAACACCUAGCAACUAUGCUACCAAUGUCGUCUAAAAAGGACCACAAGCUUUUCUUCUAUAAACUAAUGAUCCCAGACUCUGCUAGAUAUUCCGGAACGGAACUGAUAAAACUAAUAGAUAUGGUUCUUGCAAUGGAUGUAAUGGAAAAAGGCCCAUAUGGCGGUUUGAUAAUGGUUUGCGAUUUAUCCGAUUAUGAUGCAGCGCAUGUCAUCAAAGUGCGAGUCACAGAGUCGAGACGGUGCCUUAAAUAUCUGCAGGAUGCCCUACCACUUAGGCUUAAAGCUAUACAUUAUGUUAUACCAGGAAAAUUCCACGAGGUCUUAAUUCCUUUGGCAAAACCGUUUCUGAACAGAACACUCUUAGGGAAGCUGCACUUCCACGACUCUUACGAGACGUUAUUCAAGCACAUCCCCCAGGACGCGUUUCCUAAAGAAAUUGGUGGGAAGCAACCCAGUCUGAAAGAAUUGCACGAAAACAUGAAGAGAUCUCUGGUUGAGAACGUGGACUUCUUCAAGGACGUUGAGAAACUCGUUGCAAACGAAGCGCUACGAGAUCAAAGUAAUUUAUUGGUUGACUCACAGCUGGGGGUCGGGGCACAGGGAUCGUUUAGAAAAUUUAGCGUUGAGUAGUCAACAGCCCCCGAGUUUAAUUUUGAGUUAGCAUGUAAAAAAAUGUAGGUAUAAAUAGAAAUACUAUAAACGUA